GUCGUUAAAUGAGCCCUACCGCUUCAAGAUGCAGCAGGUGAUCCAACAGGACAACGAGGCAUUCGUGAGGCGGCUGCUUGGUGUGGGGACGACCUUCGAUCGCCGUAGCGAGGCCCGUGACUUCAAUCGGCACCGGAGGACCGUGCUAAACUUGCAGCGCUUCGUAGAUCGAAGCACCCUGCAGAGCAG